AUAAAAUGUCGCUAUUGGAAAUAAGAACAGAUAUAAUCGUGUAGAUUCGAUGGGAUGCGUAUGAUCCGUGAGGUGUAAAAAUAUUGUUUUGGAAGCGGUUCUAUAUAAUAGCUGUCAAGCGCAGCUUUCCUCGUUAGCAUAAGCCACCUAGCUCAGUGUUAAAGCAGCCAACUGCUCUAGUUAGCUCUCGAAGACCGGCGAUGAAGAAAACGACCCACAUGAAAAACAAGCUGAAAUCCUCUCAGAAGGAUAAGAUUCGCCAGUUUAUCAUUUUCACCCAAUCCAACGAGAAGACUGCGCUGACCUGUCUGUCCCAGAACGACUGGAAACUAGAUCUAGCCACUGACAAGUUUUUCCAGAACCCGGAGCACUAUGUGCCAAACUUGAAGUGUGGUCUCGACAAGAAGAAACUUGAGCAACUUUACAACAGAUACAGAGAUCCCCUCGAUGAGAGCAAAAUUGGCAUCGAUGGGAUCCAACAGUUUUGCGAUGACCUUGGUUUGGACCCAGCCAGUAUCAGUGUUCUGCUCAUAGCCUGGAAGUUCAGGGCUGCAACACAGUGCGAGUUCUCAAAACAGGAAUUUAUGGAAGGAAUGGCAGAUCAAGGCUGUGAUACUAUUGAGAAGCUCAAAUCUCAGCUACCAAAGAUGGAGCAAGAGCUAAAGGACCAAGGCCGGUUUAAGGAUUUUUAUCAGUUUACAUUUAAUUUUGCUAAGAACCCUGGACAGAAAGGUCUAGAUUUAGAAAUGGCUAUUGCAUAUUGGAAUUUAGUACUGGCUGGAAGAUUCAAGUUCCUUGAUCUGUGGAACACAUUUUUAAUUGAGCACCACAAAAGAUCCAUUCCUAAGGACACUUGGAACCUCUUGCUGGACUUCAGCACUAUGAUCACUGAUGACAUGUCCAAUUACGAUGAGGAAGGAGCAUGGCCGGUUCUCAUCGAUGACUUUGUGGAGUUUGCUCGGCCGCACAUUGGAACCAAAAGCACCGCAGUCUGAGCUCCUCUGUGAACAACCGCCUACAUUUGCUACGAGGAUUGCAGUAAUCGAAGAACUAGUGGACCACACUAAGCUGAGAAACUUAGUUGCCUUUUAAACACUCAGGACUGGAAUAUUUUACACAACAGAUACUUUAUACAGUAUGUAUGUGUUGGUGUGUACAUGUGUACAGAAAAAAAAGGCAUACAAGUUUGUUGGUCAUCGUGUGAUGUUUUUUGAAUUUCGUCAUCUUAAGUAUUGGGGGUUUUUUUGUGCUCAAGCCAACUGGGGAGGAAUUAGUCUUGGUGUACCUGGUUUUACUAUGUGCCAGCAUUCUGCUCGAAGCGGGUCAAUGGAUGCACUUCGGAAAUGUACUCCAGUGAGGUCUGACAAAAUCCAAUUGUAUGAUUCCUGUGAGCGUUCUUUCCUUUACACCUAUGUGACAAGUUAGUUGAAAUCAUUGAUUGUAAUUUUUAAGCAUAUUGCUGUUCCUUUAAAACAAACGUAUGAACAUCAAAUAAAUGUUUCAA